UUUCCUCCACACAAAAAAAAACUGUUCGCGGGUCCACACCAACCACCACCACAGCAAGCUGAAAUCCGAAAAAGAAACAUGUCGAGGGCGCGCGUCUCCGAUCGCUGAGACUCCGAUAAAAACAAAAUCGCAACAAGUGCGGAGUUCGCUAGUGCCGAGUUCUUUGCGAUCGCAGCCUGUGAAAAGGCGCUUUGUGAUUCUUAAUUUCGCCAACUUCGGGAUUUCUCCGCAACAUAAUAUUCGCAUUCCCCUGCGCACUUGGCUCUCUUCGCGACGCGAAAUGUGCAACAACAAGUUAGAGAGCAACUACAUGCCAACACAACGACAAAGUUAACCAAUAUUUAAUUGCCGUCUUAAUUUAAUUAGCGGCCCACAGUGCAGUGCAAAAUACGUGAAUACGACUCUGCUAGCCACCUGGAUAACAAAGCUGGAUAAAUCGGAUUACACCGGGCGACAAAGAACGAGAUAGUCGAAGCCCAACAAAACGAAACAUAAACUACGUCACACUGGAGUCACAACACGAUCAAGUUUCCCAGAACUGAGACGAGACUUUCCCCCACCCCGAAUACAACCUGUACAGUAUGUCACAUGAUAAGAAGAUGUUGGAUCGCGAGGCAGUUCGUUCAGUGAUACAGCAAUGGAAUGCCAAUCGAUUGGAUCUGUUUGCGCUCUCCGAGCCAGACGAGAACCUGCUCUUCCAUGGCGUUAUGCGCUUCUACUUCCAAGAUGCUGGUCAGAAAGUGGCCACCAAAUGCAUUCGCGUAGCUUCUGAUGCCACCGUCACAGAUGUCAUAGACACACUGAUUGAGAAAUUCCGUCCCGAUAUGCGGAUGCUAUCCGUGCCCAACUACGCCCUGUACGAAGUGCACGCAAAUGGCGAGGAGCGUAGGCUGAAUGCCGACGAGAAGCCACUCCUUGUGCAGCUCAAUUGGCACAUCGACGAUCGCGAGGGUCGCUUCCUGCUCAAGAACAUAGACCAGAAGACCACUCCCAUCGAGCAGACGGAUCUAAACUUCAAGAGAAAACUCUCGAAGCGUGAGAAAAAGGAACAAAAGAAAAAGGACAAGAUGGCGAAGCUGAGCUCCGAUCCGCCCACCUCCAAUGGCAGUCAUUUGGGCCUGGGCAAUGGGAUUGGCGGAUCCUCGGGAUCAGCCCAUAUGAAUGGCAACGCCGGAGGAGGCGGAGGCGAUGGCAGCGAUGCCGUAGCUGGAAAACUGUACACGGAACUGCCAGAAACCUCGUUCACACGAUCGAUCUCAAACCCGGAGGCCGUGAUGCGGCGACGGCGACAGCAGAAGCUCGAGAAGAAGCUGCAGCAGUUCCGCUCCAGGGAUGGUGGUCCGGAUACCGGUGGCACCUUAAAGAUAUAUGGCGAGAGCCUGUGCCAGGACGUGCCCUACAAGACACUGCUGCUUUCCAUACGGGACUGUGCGCAGGCCGUCGUUCGGGAAAUGCUCACAAAAUACGGACUGGAGAAGGCAGAUCCACUGCACUAUUGCCUGGUUCAGGUCAACAGCGAUGGAACAGAAUAUAUACUCGAUGAUGACGAAUGCCCGCUAUCGAUACUCAUGAACCAUCCAACGUCGCGAGGCUCCAUCAUGUUCCAUGUGCGGAGACGUCCAGCGGACUCCCAGCCCCGGAGACGAAAGAAAAAACCCCUGGGAGCGGCCAACGGGGCUAACCACAUAUCCGGCGAUCGUGAGGGUCCUGUAUUAGUGGAAGUGACGCACAGCGGCGAUGGCGGUCGACGGAUCAAGUUGGGCAGCGAUCCCGUGGAGGUGGGAUCGGCGAACACAAAUUGCCUGCAGCUCUUCGGGCCUUCGAUCCAGCCAAGGCACUGCCUCAUUUCGUUGCUGGAGGGAGUUUGUACGGUGACCCCGCUGCACACCGAUGCCCUGACCUUCGUCAACGGGCAUCACAUCAGUCAGCCGACUAUUCUCCAUAACGGAUCGGUCGUAAUGUUCGGACGGGUGGCCUCGUACCGCUUCCUGGAUUCUCCCACGGACGGGCGCUAUAAUCUGGCUCUAUCGCAAUCCCAACUGGACUCGGCAUGUCUCUACGAAAGCCGGUCCCCCACGUCCCCCGGAUCCUGGAAUGACGAGGAUGGAGCGUUGAGUUCGACUCACAAAAGCGACUACGAACACCACCAGCAAUCGAAUCAAUCCAGUGCCUAUCACAAUAAUAACAACAACUCCAGUGAUCAUCCUCUCAGCAGCACGCUAAGGGAUGUGGUGGACAGCAAGGUUGGGCAGGAUCAGGUGACCAACUCUGCGAACUACGAUGGUCAAAGCCUUGAGGGGAAUCUGGAAAACGAGACCAAGUCAAUUUCCAGCAUGAAGUCAGGUGGUUCCAACAGCCAAGAUCGGUCACCCAAAAUGGCCGGCUCUGGUAUGUUGACCGGAGGUGGCAGUGGUUCCGGCGAUGCCCAGGGACAGGAACCCAUUCUGCCGGCUGUCCUCGAGUUCCCCGAAACUCAUCAGGAACUCUUUCUGCGUCACAUUAUCAGUGAGCUGGACGUGAACGUUCCGCACUUUAAGCUGGCACCCGUCUACUCGCUUUACCUGUGUGCCAGGUAUCGAGCCUCCACACACUAUCGCCCGGAGCUGCAGCCCACGGAGCGUGCCCACAAGCUGACCAUGUUCCUGCACCAUGUGGCCAAUCUGGUCUACAGCGUUGUCCAGGAGCAGUACACGGAUCCCCGAAUCCUGGCCUUUUGGAUGGCCAACAGCUCGGAGUUCCUGCACUUCCUUAAGUCGGAUCGUCACAUCAGCGCCUUCAGCGUUCAGGCUCAGGAGGUUUUGGCCGAGGCCGUACAGACCGCUUUCCGCAACCUGGUCAACUGCUUCCGACUGGAGCUCUCCCAGACCCUCAACCAGUUUCUCUCCGAGAACAUCGAUCACGAUUCCGCGGCGGGUCUCGUGCUGACAGUCCUGGGAUCGGCGAUGGCUCUUCUUCGGCGGUGUCGCGUAAAUGCAGCCUUGACCAUUCAGCUGUUCUCGCAGUUAUUCCACUACAUCAAUGUCAUAUGUUUCAAUACGAUUGUGGCAAACUCUCACAUGUGCACAGCGGAUUGGGGAAAAGUGAUGACAGAGCGACUACAGUUGCUGGAACUGUGGGCAGAACGGCAGGGACUGGAACUGGCGGCGGACUGUCAUCUGGCCAAGAUUAACCAGUGCGCGCAGUUCUUGCAAGCACCCAAAUCCUCCGUAGAGGAGAUCCAACAGUUGGCCUGUUCCUGCUUCCGCUUGAAUUCCCUGCAGAUGGCUGCGUUGCUGCAGCAGGAGAAGCUGCCCAGGAACCUGGUGGACACGGCCAUUCGGAUGGCGGAGUCCGUGGCUGACGAGCUGACCCGUGCCGAUGGACGAGAGGUGCGGUUGGAGGAGUCCCCUGAGCUGCACUUGGCGCUACUGCUUCCCGACGACGGAUUCAGCUGCGAUGUUGUGCGCGGCAUUCCCACAGGCCUCGUCGACUUCCUCAAUCCGCUCCAGCAGCAGGGCAUGUGUCGCCUGGCGGCCCAGCCCACCUCGAUAGGCCUUUGGACGGUCUACAUGCACCAAUUUAACGCCCGCAGCUCGAGCGCCAUGUCGAACAAGCUGCCCCAGCCGGAGCUGCAGCUGAUCAAGCUGCACAAGAACAGCAACGGCAUGGGCCUGUCCAUCGUGGCAGCCAAGGGAGCUGGCCAGGAGAAGCUGGGCAUCUACAUAAAGAGCGUGGUUCCUGGCGGAGCGGCGGACGCGGAUGGGCGCCUGCAAGCUGGCGAUCAGCUGCUGCGCGUAGAUGGUCAGAGCCUGAUUGGGAUCACCCAAGAGAGGGCUGCGGACUACCUGGUGCGGACGGGCCCGGUGGUCAGCUUGGAGGUGGCCAAGCAGGGAGCAAUCUACCACGGACUGGCUACCCUGCUGCAGCAGCCCAGCCCGGUCAUCCAGCGUGGUAAUCGACGUAUGUCCGAACGCGAUCUGACGCGGAUGGGCGGCGCCGAGUCGACCAAAUCCCUGGGUCCACUGAUAGCCAACAGUCAUCCGAAUCAUAGUCUCAGUCUUAGCCAAAAUCUGAACAACAGCCACAACAACACCAUAGGCAAUAGCAACAGUAGUAGCAUCAUCAAUCCCUUAGCUGCACACCUGCCCAACAGCAAAUCGGUGCCGGCUCUGCAUCACCACUCGGGAUCGGGUACCAUAUCCCUGGCCAAUUCCAAGUCACGCAGCACGCACAGUUUGCAUAACAAUUCAUCGGGCAUGGGCGGAGGAGUCGGAGGGGCCGGAAUGCUGGGUCAGCCAAAUGGCAGCCACAACAAUGCAAAUGGAAAUGGAAAUGGCAACGGCAACGAGCAGGGAUUCUAUCAAAAUCUCAGCGUGUAUCGGGCACAAAAUCAAAGCCAACCGAUUCUGAACGAGAGACCGCCGAUGGCCGCACAUGCCGCCAUGAGCGCCUACAAUGGCAAUUCCCCGCUUGCGCCGCAGCAACAACCACAGCAGCAACAGCAACAACCAUCUCCCUACCAGCAGCAGCAGCAACACCUGCAGGCCAAUGCUAAUCUGCCGCCCACUCGACCCGUCUCCGCGUACUACCACAGCCAACAGUCGGCGCAGCAGCAACUCCAGCAGCAGCAGCAGCAACAACAGCAACAGCACUCCUUGCAGCAACAACAGUUUGCCCUCAGCAGCAGCAAUCUCAAUGGCCAGCAGCAGCAGCAGCACCAACUCACCUUGAACAAUCGCACCAAGAGCCAGCAGAAUUUCCAGCACACUCUGCGCAUGCAGCAGAUGAUGGCUCCAUCAAUGCCCAACAUCAGCAACAUGUACCAACACCAGCAGCAACAACAACAGCAUCAGCUGCCCCUGCAACAGCAGCAGCAACAGCAGCAACCUCUCAUGAGCAGCAGUCAGAGCAUGCAGAAUGUCAACGAUUUCACGGGUGGCUUCCAGAAUGGCAGUCUGGAGUACAGGCGUCAGCUCCAUGACCCAGCCACGCUCUACGAACUCCAGCAGCAGCAGCAGCUGCAACAGCAACAACAACAACAGCAGCAGCAGCAACCGUCGCCCAACUUUAUAGCCCUGCCACCGAAACCGUUGGGCAGCUUACAGUCUCCCAACAAACCAAAUGCUCCGCCGAGUACAGCACCCAAGCCGCAGCAGCAACAUCAGCGAUAUCUUCUGGCGGAGGACAAGCCUCCACUGCCGCCCACCGCUACACAUCCGUUAUUCAAGGCCACGCAGCAGAUCGCUCCGGGGAUGAAUUACGUAGCCAGCACUUUGGAUCCACCAAAGGGCAGCUAUGUGGCGUCAAACCAGGCGAGCAACCGCACUCUUCACAGCGGAAGCAAUCCCUGGGAAAGGGAGGAGCGUGAAAAGGACUUGGAAAUGCGACGCGAACACAUUCGCCAAUGGCGGGAGCAACAGAUCUCGGAGCUCUCCCAGAUCAUCUCCCGAUCGCCCAUGCAAGAGGAGCAACUGAAGACCUUGAUUCUGGAGCGGGACUUCGAGCGAAGAGCGCAGGAGCUGCAGGAGCAAGAGGAACAGGACCAGGAGCAGCAGUACGACAAGGAGAACGUGCAGGAGCUGUUCCGACUGGCAGGCGGCAGUCAGGUCAGUGCCAUACAAACACCCAUCACGAGCUACCGACAGACGGAGAUCAAGCUGGCGGAGAUUACGGACAGCAGCAGUCCGGUGGACUCGGUGCCAGCACCACAGCCACCAGCGCCGACUGCCCCCCAAACCCUGAGCAGCAAUACGCAGCAGCCGAAGAGCAUACUCAAGCACAAUCGGUACUCCGAGGGAGGAGUGGGUCCCAGUGGAGCACCCUCGUCGCCCUCGAAAUCACAGAAAUCCGCCAGUUUCGCGGAUGAGCGGCAUCUGCACACGGAGCAUCCCAUAUCGAACUUGGCAAAGGAGCUCAAUCAGCUCACGAUGCUCGAUAAGGAUAAUAACAACGAGACCUUGGAUGCCGUGGUGCCGCCACCUCCACCACCGGAGAGGAACAGUUCUUACCUGAUCAUGUCACAGCAAAAACUGCGGGGCAGCACCGGAAACACCACCUCUUCCAUGGGCCUACUCAAAACGGCGACUAGUAAUCAGGCAGCAGCUGCCGUGGAGAUUAAAAAGGCUUCUCUGCUGAACACCACGACCAAUAAUAACAACAAUCUAAGUGGCAGCUUAAACAACAACACGAUGCAAGGAUCUCCGCUCAGCGCCAUGGAACUAAAUGCAGCCUACGUUUCGGCCACGGGCAGUGGAAUGGUUGGAGGAUUGGGCACACCGCCUCCCCCGCCGCCAUUGAUGCAGAGGGAUAACAAGCGGGUGAGCUUCCAUGAUGAGGAGAAUAACUUUGUAGGCGGAAAUAGCCAGCAGCAACAGCUUCAACAGCAGUAUAUCAUGGACAACUACGGUGUGGAGCAUCAGGAUUUGGACACCAUCAGAGAGGAUACGAGUUAUCUGCAACACAAUCUGGAUGCCUCCAUGCUGCCAUCGAUGCCAGCCACUCCCGAUGCUGCCCUCUGGAAUACCUCAGUGCAAUCCACUCCAGGCGUUAUUGGAGCGCAAGAGGUCUACAGAGAUCCUCGCACACGUCGUUUGGCGGAGAAGCAGCAGCAGCAACAGCAACAACGCGCUGGAGAUGCGGUGCCCGAAAAGCUGUCAUUCAAGGAGAAGAUGAAAAUGUUUGCCCUGGAGUCGGGGGAGGAUAACACGCCCAAGGACAAGCUGAAGAUAUCGCGAGCCCAGCGAGAUAUAGAUGCGGUGCACUAGGAAGGAGAGAUCUUUGCUUAACGCUAUGUACAUACACACCCGAACCCACAAAGCUUACACUUCAAUAUAUUGGGGCCAAGUUGUUACGUUAGCUCUAUAGAUCACGUUACAUUUACCAGAUUGCGAUAGAAACAAACAAACCUAACGAAUUUGCUAAGCAAGGCAAUAACAAUCCAUAGUUAUCGCGUUUCAGAGUUAAUUACACAAAGUGGUAACUGAAUUCAAUUAGUGAGAAUUGUCAGUGUAUAUCAUUAUAGUCUAUAUAUACUUUUGUUCAUAUAUACAAAACUAUAACGAGCCUAGGACAGGGCAACGAAAGCAAGGCGAGCCACAUUUGUAAAGCGUUUUAAAGAUUUAAAAUUUAACUUAACCCUACGUUUAACAAUUUGUUACAUCAGAUUACAACAUACAAUUUAUGGUUAAACAACAGUGUAAAUGAGAAGAGUAGUUUAGAUAUACAGACAUAUAUUUACCUGGGAACCGUGCGGAACAAGAAACGUUUAUAAAUAUACUAUAUCCAUUAGAGAACUCUAAGCCACAACAACGUUAAAACAAAUGGUCCAAUUAUUCAAUUAUUAAAGAUAUAUUUACAAACCACGAA